AUGGUGUUCGAGAUUCUGUCGAGGUUGCCUGCGAAAUCUAUAGGCAGAUACAGUGUAGAUAUCCUGACGAGGCUGCCUUUGAAAUCUAUAGGCAGGUUCAUUUACGUAUCCAAGUCAUGGGCAAACACCUUCCACUCUGUGCAAUUAAUCGAGCAGUAUCCCUUCCGCUAUGCCUCCAAUGAUAGAAGAAUAACAGGUUAUCAAGAAAACUGGCACUUUUUCUCCAAACCAACUCGUCCAGGUCCUCAUGUAGCGGAAGAGGAGAAGAAACCACCUCCUGAGUUUCUAUCAAAUACGGUGUGUCACUCCAAGGAAGUCCGUUAUAAGGAGCCUAGUUAUGUCCAUGGGUUGAUCAGUUUUUAUAAUGGCCAAGAACAAGUCGUGUGUAAUCCCACAACUGGUCAAUCCAUAAGCUUACCAACUCUCAACUCCACUGAUUGCAUCGUCAGAUCCUUUUUAGGAUAUGAUCCAAUCCAUGCCCGAUACAAAGUCUUGUGCUUGACCAAUGUUACUCGGUUCUGUGACCAUCAAGUCCUCACAUUGGGAGGAGCUCAAUCUUGGAGAACGAUCCAAUGCUCCACUCCUCACCGUCCCUUAGGAACUGACUCUGUCUGCAUAGACGGCGUUUUAUAUUACACUGCCUCCGGUUCCUUUACCAUCACGGAACCACUCUUGAUAAGAUUUGAUUUGAGGUCUGAAACUUUGGAAAUUGCUUCCAGACUUCCCCAGGGCAUGGGAUCUGAUAAGUUGCACGAAACAACUUUCAUAAACUACCAUGGGAAAGUAGCUCUUGUCACUCAAGUGCACCAACGCUACACUUUCACUUUCACUUUCACUUUGUGGGUUCUAGAGGACGCCAAGAAACAAGAUUGGUCGAUACAACGCCUAUCGUUCUCUCUAAAUGGUACUGACAGGCAAUGCCAUUCCGGUCUGAAAAUGUUGGGCGUUUCUGAAACGGGAGAGUUUGUCUAUGCACCAAAUGAGGCUAAAGAGCUGCAAGGAAACACCGAACAUAAGUUUAGAGAUUUUGAUAACGUAUUUACUUUCUUACAUCACGUAGAAAGUCUUAUGUUUAUUUAGAGAGGGAUAGAGAGAGUUUCAUGUUGCUGCUUCUAAGCCUUCUCCUUUUCAACUAGUUUGUUCUAAGCUUUUACUAUGUAUGAGUCUUUUAUCUUUGUUCUCACUAAAACACAGACUCAAAGAAAUAAUUUGAGGGUGAAAAUUCAUGUCA